ACUGAUUGCAAAUUAUCUGAUUUGUUAUCGUGCUUCAUUUCAUUCCGAACCAUGUUGCAGUGCGUAGUACUCCUUGUGUUGGCAAAUAUUUGCAGCGGCAACCGGUACGAGGCAGCAGAUGCGAUACAGUUUGCGAUAUUCGGAGGAGACGAUACACCUGGCAGUGAAACUCAAGCCCCUGAUGUGACUCAAGCCCCUGAUAUGACUCAAGCCCCUGAUGUGACUCAAGCCAAUGCCAUCCUGGCAGACAUGGACAGCGUGACAGAACCGCAGCGUGACAGAACUGAAGCUGCAGAUGAAUCUUUCGACGACCUCUCAUCUACUGAUACUGGAGACUCUCAGAGUCUUACAGAGUCUGACUCUGUCUCACAAUCUCAGACUUUUGGAACAGAGCACCACUCACACACUUCACCAUACAUCGCUACCCAUGCAGCUACAGCUACCCGUGCUUACCAAGCUGCCCAAACAAGUGCUCGGCGAACAAGUGCAUUGCGCAUUGUGCAUGCUGCCCAAGCAAGUGUUCGGCGAACAAGUGGCUAUGCGCAUGCCACCCAAACAGGUGGCCCUCAUAAUGUUGGUCACAUGCAGGUAUGGGCAGGACCACGUAACAGCCAGUAUGGUAGCCAUGGUACCAGGGCACCUAGGAGGAGAACUACUAAACCUACUACUACUACCCCACCACCACGUGGACCGAGGAAACCCGCCUACUCCGGCAAGUCUUACUCAUUUGCUCAGCUGAGUUCAAUGAGCGCCCAGUCAGCUCCUGGUCAGAAAGGUAUGUUCUACAUGCCCACAGAAUACGAGCAGAUCCCCCGAGUUGAACCUUGUCAGGCUGUCAAGUGUCACCUGAGUGUAGUGGUGGUGAUGGACUCGUCUGGGAGUGUUGGGUAUAGUGAUUACCAGAAGGAGCUGUCCUUUGUGAAGACUCUGCUGGAGAUACUAGCAGUUAAAGCAGCUGACUCUAAGCUGAAAGUGUGUACAGGCCUUAUCUCCUACUCUACUGAUGUGCAUGUAGAAGUAGACCCCUGCUGUGAGAACAGUAUCUGCAGGGUUGUGGACCAGUUCCACGCUGGCAGGCUAGAGUUUAGGGCGGGCUCCACUAACACAGCCGGGGCUCUGAAGGUAGCUAGACAGAUGCUACAAGCUGCUGCUAGCCACAAGAAAGUAGCUCUACUUAUAACAGACGGGAAGUCUAAUACUGGAGGGUCCCCAGUCCCCUUCGCUAAGCAAAUGAGGGAUGAGGAUGGGAUCCAGAUAGUGGCACUAGGGGUGACUAUCGAUGUCAACAAAAUUGAGCUAAAGGGGGUCUCUGGGAUGGACAGGGUAACUAAGAUAGAUGUGUUCGAUGAGUUCCACGAGCUAGCCAGCAUCCUGCUCCAAGCUAACAAGGUGGCUUCACAGAACGAGCUAGAGACAUCGUUUGAUGCCAUGUGUUACAAUGAUAAGACCUUCUACAACAAGGACCAGUGUACUAGAGUCAUGACAGAGGAGCAGAAGUCUCAGUGUGUGUGGGGGGAGUGGUCGGAGUGCGACAGAGUAAAAGACAAGUGUCUGCAGCUGAAUCAGUGCGAGCUAAGUGGGAUUGUGGUAGCUAGAGAUGAGCAGGCCUGUGAGUGCCCACCUUGUCAGGCAGGCUUCUACUUGACCCUCAGUGGACAUUGUGAACAAUGUGGAGCUAACACAUACAAGUCCACAGAGGCCACUUCCUGUUCUAGUUGUCCUGCUGAUACAGUCUCUGACCCAGGUUCCACGUCCAUCACAGACUGUCACCUUGAGUUUGAAAUAGUAGAUGAACAUGGUAAUGUAGUGAGCUGGCAGGACUCAGAAGGGCUCCUCCUCUAUAACGGAGGAACAGUGUGUGACGACUACUUCACUACCCUCUCUGCUAAUGCUAUCUGCAAGAGAAUGGGGCGACCUCACGGGCUGGCUCUUUGGGCGUCGGGGCUGCAUUACUCAGUUCAGGACAGUCUGAGUAUUAAACUGGACGAUGUUAAGUGCACUACAUCGGACUGGGACAAGUGUACUUUCAGGACUACUCACAACUGUGGACACAGUGAAGAUGUCCAUAUCAACUGCAUGUCGGGAAAGGAAACUGCCAAACCAUCAACUCCUAAGACGGAAGCAACUGAAGGUCCAGCUACAAGACACACUGACCCAGGACACAGCGUGUCAGGCCAUGCUUAUACAGCUUGAAAUGUACUUAAUUAUAUCUUCAACGGUCAUGUUGCCACUGAUUUCAAAUUUAUAAGUUAUAUAUUAUACAAAUUUUUAUCAUACACAUUUUUAAUAAAAAAUUGAAGAAUCUUUUGAAUAUUUCAUUAAAGAACUGAUUUAAUAAAUGGUAUUUUGUCUAUUAGUGUUUUGAUCCAAUAAA